AGCCGCAGUCUCCCAGUCGUGUCCCAGGUAGCAAGGAGGAGCGCGCAGAAAGAAAGUUGAGCUCCCCAAAGAAAGGAGCAGCGGCUGGACCCGGAGCAGGAGAGAGGGACUGAGAGACUGAGGGGAAGACGAAGCCGGAGCCGGAGCGGAGCGGAUCCAGAAGGGGACUGGCAGUUGGAGCCGAGGCGCAAGCAGCCGGUGGCAGAGAGGCAUCUAGAGCCGCGGCGGAGCCGGGUCGGCCAGCUCCCCGGUGGCGUGCCCCCCGAGGUCCCGGGGAGCUGCCACUUGGGACGGGCUAGUACAGGGUGCACUGUCCCUCGGCGCCAGCCGGGCGCCCUGCCCCACGAGUGCCAAGGGCAGGUCAGGGGACCCCGGCUGUGUCCGCUGCACCCCCUUGGGCAAUCGUCCCCUUCACCGCCGCCGCCGCCGCCGCGCCUUCAGCAGCACCAGGAAGCAGCUGGCCAGGCGCCCGGCGCGAGGCGGAGGACUCUGGGGCGGGCGAGCCCGAUGGGAAGGCGCGGCCGUGCGUCUAGAAAGCCCGGCGCGGCCCAUGAGGGCGAGCGAGCCCCCUACGCCCCCGUCACCCUCGCCCUCUCCGCCCCCCUUGCCCUCCUCCUCCUCCUCCUCGUCUGCUCCCCUGCGCCGGUUCUGCCUCUGGGCAGAUGCUCCCUCCUGCGCCUCCCUGGCUCUUUCUUUCUGCCGCUGCUUCCUUGGCGGCUUGAGUCGGCCCAGCCAUGACCGACGUGCUGUGGUCAGUGCUCCCCAACGGGACUGAGGUCCCUCCCUCCCCGGGCUGGUCCUCGGGCAACGCCACGGUCACGGCCGCCAGGUGCUCCCUCACUAAGACGGGCUUCCAAUUCUACUACCUGCCCGCCGUCUACAUCCUGGUCUUCAUCACCGGCUUCCUGGGCAACAGCGUGGCCAUCUGGAUGUUCGUGUUCCACAUGAAACCUUGGAGCGGCAUCUCGGUGUACAUGUUCAACUUGGCCUUGGCCGACUUCCUGUACGUGCUCACCCUGCCCGCGCUCAUCUUCUACUAUCUCAACAAGACCGACUGGAUCUUCGGCGACAACAUGUGUAAACUGCAGCGCUUUAUCUUCCACGUGAACCUCUACGGCAGCAUCCUCUUCCUGACCUGCAUCAGCGUGCACCGCUACACCGGAGUAGUGCACCCGCUCAAGUCCCUGGGGAGGCUGAAGAAAAAGAACGCCGUCUACAUCAGCGCCCUGGUGUGGGCGGUCGUGGUGGCCGGCAUCGCCCCUAUCUUCUUUUACUCGGGCACGGGCAGUCGGAUCAACAAGACCAUCACCUGCUACGACACCACCUCGGACGAGUACCUGCGAAGUUAUUUCAUCUAUAGCAUGUGCACCACCGUGGUGAUGUUCUGCAUCCCCUUCGUGGUCAUCCUGGGCUGCUAUGGGCUCAUCGUGAGGGCCCUCAUCUCCAAUGACCUGGACAACUCUCCCCUCCGGAGGAAGUCCAUUUACCUGGUGAUCAUCGUGCUCACGGUCUUUGCUGUGUCCUAUCUUCCCUUCCAUGUGAUGAAAACGUUAAACCUGAGAGCCAGGCUGGAUUUUCAGACUCCAGAAAUGUGUGCCUUCAACGACAGGGUAUACGCCACUUACCAGGUGACUAGGGGGCUAGCUAGUCUCAACAGCUGCGUCGACCCCAUCCUCUAUUUCUUGGCGGGAGAUACGUUCAGGAGAAGACUGUCAAGGGCCACCAGGAAAGCUUCGAGAAGAAGUGAGGCAAAUUUGCAAUCAAAGAGCGAAGAUAUGACCCUCAAUAUUUUAUCAGAGUAUAAGCAAAACGGAGAUACGAGCUUAUGAAUUGCACACACGCAAAAGGUUCCCAAACACCUCAUUAAAAAACAAACAAUAAAACCCUAUGCUGUAAUGAUAAACAGAGUCAGAAGAAUGGGGGGGGGGUCUGGGGUGGAGAAACUAUACCACUUAGCAGUCAAGUACUUUAAAAAAAUUCCUUUGAUAGGUUUAGAAAGAAUAUAAGAAAUUAGAGAUCAGAAUAUUCUGAGGCAAAAAAAAAGAUGCUUCCCCCUGUACUAAAUUAGCUUUUUAGGAUUUUUUAAAAUUAGAUUACAGUCACUUUCCUUAAGGAUAAAUAUAUUAAAACAGUACUCUCCAUUAAAUAAAUUCGCUUUAUGCCAUUUCAAAAUUCUCCACUCUCAAAUAUACAUAUAUUCAGUCACUUUAUAUUUGGAAUAUUUUUGUAUUCAUAAUUUCUUCUAAGAUGUACGACUGUCUUAGGCAUUAGGUUGUGCACCUGUAGUUAUUAUUAUAUUUUACAAUUUACAUUAGCAUCCUAUUGAUUCUCCACCUCCUCCAAAUAUUUAGGAUUAGCUCAAAUCAGAAAACAAUUCUCCCAAUUCUUUAGGUAGUAAGUGAGCUGGCUCCUGGGGUUUAAUCAAGUUUGUUUGUUUUUUUGUUUUGUUUUGUUUUUUUAGUUUAUGAGUAUAAGUUUCUGGCUGUCUUCAGUUGAAGGAUGACUAGAUAGAUGUCUUUGAGUUGAAAAUCUUGAAAGGUGAUGAUUUUCUAAUUCUAAUUUUUAGGAAAACUUUUCAUUAUAUUUUGGGUGCUAAAUGUUUGAUGGUGGAACUCUGUAUUAAUUGUCAUGGAUAAAGUACCAAAUUUACAUAACAAUGGCACAUAGGUUUUGUUUCCUAUGAAAGCUUAAUGUCUUGGGAUGUUUUAAAUCUCCUUAAGUAAACACACUAUUUAUUGGCAAUGUUGCUGUUUAAUGCCAUAGGGGGUUGUUUGUUUUCCUGAAUGAAUGCUUAUCCACAUCUGCAAAAACAUUUUUUAAAAAAGCAACUCUGAACUGAUGAUUUACAGGGCAAACUGACUAAAGUUGAAUGCACAAGUUAAGGCAAAGUGGAUCUGGGCAUAGUUAGUGUUUGGGAGUGAUUGGCAGCCUUCCAAAAUCUGCAUGCUCCAGAUGAGAGAGAGAGAGAGAGAGAGAGAGAGAGAGAGAGAGAGAGAGAGAUGAAGCCAUGGUACUAAAACUUAAUUACUAUCAUAGAGGGACUGUAACAAAAGUGCUGAGAAAAGGGACAUUUUAUAUUAUUCUAAAACAUGUCUGAAAGUAUUAUAACAGUAAGUGAAAAUGCAUAAAUGCUAGGAAGCUAGUUUAAAUUUUAUAAAUUCUGCUCAUAAAAUGACAGGGCAUGAUCUGCCCUCACUAGUCCUCAUUUCUAAAAAUGGGAGAGAAAAUAUUGUAUUUAAAAACCUGAGGACAUCUCUUGACAGUAUGGCAAAGCAGGUUAAAUGAUUAAUCAUAGAACUACUUUUUUUUAAAGAACUACUUCACUUUAAAAAGAUGGCAAAUGGGAGGGGGGUGGUAUUUAUACUACAGGUUUGCUCCUCUGGGCAUUAACCUGUCAAAUGCUUCAGACUUUUCCAAUAAUGAUCAUUCUGUGUUUUGACACUUUUUGAAUUGUCAUUCAAUCCCAGCCCUGUAAUAUUCUUUUUUUUUUAUACUAUAGUCAAACUGUAUUAUACAGACUUAUUAAGGUGAAUAUAAUCUACAUCCCCCAAUCACAAACUCCCACUAUACUUAAACGAUCAGUAUUAAGGAUAGUUUGAUAAACUUAAUUUUCAGAACUAAAAUGAACAUUUUUUCUAAUGCAGAGACUUCAAGCAGGGGGCUGACAUAGUCAUCAAUUAUUGUAUUCUUUGAGGGUAUGAAAUAUGAAGUUGGAUCUUGAGUUAAACAUGUAGGACACAAAGUGAGAGCUGAAUCAAUGCUUUAUUUGAGCCAUUGAGUAACUUUCCAGAGCUGGGAAGAACCUUUGAGGUCAGUUAGUCCAAACCUCUCACCUCACAGCCUGAGAGGAAAGGAGAUUUUCUGGGUUUGAAGAUCUGUCAAACCGUUCCAUGUGCCAUCUGUCAUCAUCAGUUUGUGGUAUGACAUGGGGAAAACAAGUCACCAAAACAUAGCAAAUCGGGUGUUGGUGAAAUGGGAAUAAACAUAGUCAUGUUUCAAACUUCAGGAGAUAUUUGCUAAAUAUCUUGUAGUGGCCAACUGAGAGAUUAUUCUAUAAUUCAUGGCAGGAGAACAGAACAUAAGACACAAACUAUUUAAUGACUAUUUACCCAAGGGAUCACUGAAGGCUUGUGUUAUCUGUAGCAGAAUUAAAUACCCCAGUGACCAAAAAAAAGGAGAGGGAAGGGGAAGCCCAUGCCUGGCCUAAGUGAUGUUUCUCUAGUAGCCCAAUUCUUCCAUUUACUCUAGUGUUCUUCUUUCUAGAUCACAGGAUGUCCUGGCCUGUGCAGCAGGUUGCUUUCCAUACUGGCCUAAUCCUAUCGAAAGUAUAAAUUCUGCAUUAUUUCGGGUCCUAGAGAACUUCCUUUCAGAGCAUGUGUGGAGCUAGUAAAGGGAGUUAGGGGUGAAUAGAAAUGCCCUUUUACUAUCUGGAAUGUUUCUUUCAGAUUCUUACUUUAUCCCUCUCAUAGGAGACCAUAAUGACACAUAAGGAAUCAGGAAACCAUGCCAAAUAGUAACAAAGAAUGACUUGGUUGACUGCUUCCAAGCAGCCUCCAUGGCCCAACAGGGAUCUCUAGUAGCUGUGUCUACCCAGUUUGAAAUAAACUGGGGAUCAGGUUGAAGUGGUAUUCCUUUGGCCCCAGCAAGGCCUCACAAACCUCACGAAGCCUGAAAAGACAAUUCAUGGGACCUGAUGAUGUAAGUUCUUAAAUCUUGAGCUUGGCAACAUGUAGGCAUUGAGACAAGUGAAUUUGCUAAUGUGCUGUAAUUUAUCAGUUUACUCAAGUACUCAAAAGUUCUGAAAAGUUCAGAACCCAGAUGUUUCUUAGGACCUGAGUAGUGACUGCAGAAAGCCUGCCAAAUCCAUUUCCUCCCUGACCUGAAUGGGUAAGAAAUUGAGAAGAUUUGGAGUGUGGGUCAGGAUUUCUAAAUUCUCAUCCUGCUUUGCUAGUCAGCUAAUCCCCAGGUGGGUUCAAAUUCUACAACCAAUCUCCCCCCACCCCAUUGUUAAGAGGGAAAUGUAAUAACUCCUCUGUCACAAGAACAUUUAAGAGUUUGAAAGAUGCUAGAGACACAUAAAAUAUGCCACUAUUGUUUUCUAGAACUACUCAGUUCCAGGCAUUGGAUUAGCAUUCCUCUGUGGAUGUCAACUGUGAUAUGGAAAUAUGCCCAGGAAAUCUGUCAAAACUACUAACUUUCCUCCUGUAGGAUACUGAACUGUCUUUGGACACAAAGGAUUUCAUUAAUAAUGGGCGCUGGAACUGCACCAGCAACAAAGGCUGAACGUUUGAUACUAGUUGUCAAAUCUGACUCAUCCAUUAUGCCAUAAAGUUUAAGCUUUCUGAUCAUCUUAAAGACAAUUCCUGGAUUAUUUAUUGAUGAAGCAACUGCAGUCCAUUAAUUGUACAGAUAGGAUCGAAAACUUUCCCUGCAAGAGCAUUUUUUGAUCCAGAACAAUGAUGUGAAUUCUAUUUAUUAAAAUGUAUAUCGUCAGUAUAACUGAUUGCUGUAUUUGAAAUCCAUAAUACAUGUGGCAUGGUGAAAAUAAGAACAGAGAUUUCAUAUAUCUCUAUUCUUUUCAAACAUCAGUAUCUAGAAGUAUUGGAUUCUCUUUCAAGCAUUCUUUUUGUCAAAUUAUAAUAAUCUCUAAAAGUCCACUUUGUGAAGCUCCAUGUUAAAUUUUCCUUAAUGAUGUAUUUGCAUGCUCGCCUUUUAAAAUUGGAUUUCUUGUUUUAUAUGUAAAAAGUCAAUUUUGUGUCAAGUGAAUAUAGGAUCACACAGCAAAUAGAAAAUAUUUUAGUUUUUCUGGGUCCGUAGGGUAUAUAUUUUGUGAGGUUUUGCAGUAAAAUUUAUACAACUAUUAUAAAAAAUGCAUGAAAUCCAUUGGUGACCAUCAUUUUAAAAAUGUAACAGGGUUGACCUAUAUUCAAAGCACAACCAAAUCACUGUGCUUUACAAAACUGAUGGAGAGGCAUUAUAGACAUGACCUUCGAGUUUAAAGAGAGAUUUGGGGAAAUGUGGAGAGGUAGGAGAAUGCAGCUGUUACAGUCCCCCGCUGCUCCAAUUAGCUCUAUUUACAUUCUCCCUAAAUGGCUUCUCUCCUGUAUUUCUUUGUUAAGUCAAAUAGCAUGCACUUGGUACUCUUCCUAGACAUAGCAUUUCUCACAGCUUAAGUAUCAUCAUAGCAGAUGCAGUCUUGCUCUUCCUUUUACACAUCUAUCUUCAAUUGCUCUGCUUGAGCCUUCAUUUUAACUCCAGGCACUUUCCAGAAUGAAAAUUGUGUGAUGUGGCCACUGAGUUCUGUUACAACUUUAAAUUUCCUGUUAUAUACUUUAUAAUCCAUAGUUUUGCCAAUUACCACGAAGGGAAAGUGUGUGAGUUACAUGUUCAAUGUUAUGUGCAUUUGGAUUGGUGUAUUUUAGUGCUCCUGUGAAAAUGUUUAUUUUUAUAUUCUCUGUGAUAUAAUAUUAUUGAUUAAACUAGGUUUAUUUGUGAUGAA